GCGGGCAGUGCUCGGGCAGUGUUGGAGCAGAGCUGGGGAUGUGAAUUCCAAAAAGCUUUGACAUAUCUGAAAGGAUGAGUAAGGGCAUACUCAUGCCAGCACUUUUCAGAAUGUAUCUGUCUGCGCAAUUGCGGUCAAAUCCGGAUGAAUCCGACUGCGGUCUCGUCCAGGGCUCGGUAGAGAAAGUCCUCGUGUUUGCAAUACCUAUUUUUUAUGCCCUACUUGUUGUUGGACAGUUGGAGUAUAUUGUUGAGAUUUGAAGUUGGAAAUUCCACUUGAAAAACCUGGCCACUCUGCACUUGGGGUUAGAAUUUAGAAUUGUUUUCCCAUAAUUUUUUCUGGACUGCGCAGAAUUUAACUGCGUGCUCGUAAGAGUCGUAACGAACUGCCACCAAUCAAGAUGCUCCUAGUAGAGAGCACUCCGAAAAACUUCGAGUACAUCGUACGAGGAAAUGGGACAAGAGCAGCACGGGUUCUCAAGAGUACUGGAGGAGAAUGAGACAAGAGAAAGGGUUCUGCUUGGAUUCUUGUGAAAGAACGUAAACAGGGGUUUCAAAUGAGGGGCCUCCUAGUGAUGUUGCCUAAAUAAAUAUAUGGAAGCGAUCAGGUCUACCUGGACAAGAAGAGGGUUUUGUACAACAGUGCGAGGGGUCUACCGACCGAAUUGCGAAGGCGAGGCAAAAGCUGUGUGGUGGAAAGAGGGGAGGUGUCCGCAGGGCAGCAUAAGAAGGGCGCCUGCAGACAGCGAAGGUGAGCAAAGGGUUUGGAGAAUAUGAUACUGAAUUGCAAAGGCAUGACAAAAGUAAGCUGUGCUCAGAAGACAGGAGGCGGCAGAGCAUAAGCGAGGCACCUGAAGACAGCGUUGGUGGUCAAAAGUGGAAACACUGGAAAGCAGUGACUCAAAAAGGGAUUGAAUUUCUCGCCUUAAUAGGAAAAACUUGCGAAAAAAGGUUUAGGGAGAGGGUGGCGGCAAAUUGAGUGUGUGGAAAAUUUCAGAAGGGAUGCUGUACUUGUCUUGGUCCGUGGAGGGUCCUGUCCUGUCUUGUUCCCAGGAGAGGGUCCAGCCUUGUUCCCAGGAGGAGGGCCCUGUAUUGGCCCCAAGAGGAGGGUCCUGCUUUGGUCCCAGGAGGAAAGCAGUGACUCAAAAAGGGAUUCUUGCCUUAAUAGGAAAAACUUGCGAAAAAGGUUUAGGGAGAGGGUGGCGGCAAAUCGAGCGUGCGGAAAAUUUCAGAAGGGAGGCUUGGUCCGUGGAGGGUCUUGUCCUGUCUUGUUCCCAGGAGGGUCCUGCCUUGUUCCCAGGAGGAGGGUCCUGCUUCGGUCCCAGGAGGAGGGUUCUGUCUUGUUCCCAGGAGGAGGUUCCUGUGUUGGCCUCAGGAGGGUACUGUCUUGUUCGCAGGAGGAGGGUCCCUCUCUUGUUCCCAGGAGGAGGGUCCCUCUCUUGGUCCCUGGACGAGCGUCCGAAGAGGAGAUCUCACCACCGAAUCUCUACCGGUGAGUACAGUAUACUGAGUAGGGUAAUUGUUUUGACGAUACCAGUAUAGCGACUUGGUCGGAGUUACUGUAGUAUAAUUGUCGGAGUAGUUUAAUUGUUUAUGCCCCUCCUUUGUGUUGAACUUCUUGUAAUUUGAGUAGAAGAGAAUCCCCCACUUCGCUCUGCUAGGACUUCAAAAAUGCUGCUGUCAUAUCUAUCCAUACAAGUAAUGUAGAUGGCUUUGUCCCCAGUAUCUGGGAAGAUUUCCCCAAUCUAAGUUUUCUGCCAGGCCGUGUAUUGCGAAUGACAGUCCGUGAGCAUGAGGGGACAGCCAUCAUGUUGUGAUCAGCCAUGAUGAUGUUUUCUUCACGUUUCUUCCUGCUUACACUGUGUACAACACCGUCCGUGUCCGUGUCUAGUUGUGGCUGGAGGGAAGUGUGGAGGGAAGUGUGGCGAGCUAAGCCUUGUGUAACAGCGCCUGCUGAGUGAACCUGUCAGCGACUCAGUGUCUAGUUGACAUGGGGCCGGGGAGCAGUAAGUGACCUGUGGUUCAAACCUGGUGAUUAAGGCGCAGUUUAGCACAGAGUCUUUCUCUCCCCACUGAACGGUCUCUGUGUGGACGUGAGCGGGUUAACUCAGAGUCUGUUCUAAGUCUCCCCACAGUCUCCAGACUUGGUCAGUAUUGGGAGAGAGAGCAACGAUUCGCCACCCCAUUUUUCUCUGAUCUCUGAAGUUGUUUUGUCGCCUGUUCUUGUCUGAACGCUCAAGUUGUUUCAACAAUUACUCGUUGUGCGUACUCAGCCCCCAGACACAGGGGAGAGCACAGUCUCACACACACUGGUGCAGGCUUGCGCAGUGGUGCAGGCUUGGACUUCACUAGAUGCAGCAUUGCAGUCCCAUUUAAAGUAGUUUUCAGUGAUUGACAGCCCCCACACACGGGAGAGCACAUCAGAUUUUGCCGUGAAAGCUUCAUUCACACUGCUGCAGAAGGAGAAUCCUCAAAAGCCUAUCAACCCCACCCCCACAGGUAUGAUUGGCUUGGACUCAGCGUGAAAAAUCAGACGUGAAGGGGCUUCGUGUGAAAUCGGGCAACAGCGACAGCAAUUUGGUUGGAGUUAAGAAGAAUGAGCAGAAGCAGCAGCAGCAGUAGCCGCAGCAGCAAGACGAGGAGAGAGGAGGAGGAGGAUAUCGGAUAUUAGUUUUGGAGUGGUGGAGUCAGUGAGAUAUUCUUUCUCCAUAGUCUUUGCCGCAAUGUCAUGUUGGAAUAAUGAUGGUCUCUCAUACAACUUCAUACGGAUUUCCUGCUGUUUAAGGGUGGUGUAUUCACACUAGUGCUUUUCUAAAUGUAUCUGACUGCAGUUCCGGCCAGACGUGGACGAAUCUGACUGCAAUUGGCGUCCGGAGUUCAGUAGAAAAAGUCCUAGAGUGAGUAUGCCCUGAGAGAGACACGUAUAUUGGAUUAUAAUCUUCAUAGAGUACGCAGCUUUUUCCUUGUCUCGGCACAACAAAUGUUUUUCUGUUCA